AUGGGCAUUUUAUUUUUAAAAGCAGGAAAGGUUUCAACAACAGUUGGAAUAGGUGUCGGAGUUAGUACAGUUUUUGUUGCAUUGUUAGUUGCAAGUUAUUUUUUGGGUUAUUACAGGCAUAAGAAGCUGUCAAAUAAAAUAAAAAAGGAAUUGAAUAAAGACAAUGGUUAUCAAGAACUUGUACAUUUGCCUAACGGUAAUAUGGGUAAUCAAAAGUCGGAUGCUGUUAAUUCAGUUAUUGAAAAUAAUACAAGUUUGCCCAAUAUUGGUUAUCAGAACAUCGAUAUGUCGGAAUCAAACUAUAAUUAUGUCGACCCUAAACUUGGCUGAAGAUUAUUAUUUGUAUUUGUAUACUGUUGAAACUGUUUAAUAUGUUCAUUUAUUUGA